AUGCUUUAUAAAAAUAAUAUUUUUUUUUUAAUUUAUAUUUUACUUUUAAACGUGAACAUUUUAUAUGGAGAAGAUACUAACUCAAAAAUUUUAACCAACAAUACACAUAAUGACUCAAAUGAGAAUGGAGAAAAAUAUAUUAAAAAAUUAGAUUCAUUAAACUCGGAUGAAAAUUCACAAACAUUAGAAGAUGAAAAUAAAAAAAUAGAUAAUUUUCCUAUUGACAGUAAAAAUAGUAAUUUAAAAAAGAUAGAUGAAAAUCCUACUAAAAAACCAACUUCAUUAAUUUUAUUAAAUUGUUGUUUAGAAAAUCUACUUUCAAAAAAUGAUAAAGAUCCAAGCACUUUAGAAAAUGUAAAUGAACUAAACAGUGCAUCUAUACUAAAUAAUGAAAACGAAGUUAAUGAUAUUUCAAAUAAUUCGAAAGAAAAAAAGUCCAUAUUUUCAAAAAUUAUAAGUUUCUUUAAAAAAGAAGAAAAACCAAAGCCCAAAACACUUAUGGAAUAUAUAAGAGAAAAAAAUAAAAAAAUUAUUGAACUAGAAGUUCAAAGAGAGAAGAAAAAAGUAUCACGAAUUGUGCAUAAAUAUCUUUUUUAUGUUACUGGAUUAACAUUGUUAUAUUUAAUUUUUUCACCUGUUAUUUUUCAUGUACUUAAGACUUCUAAUUACAGAAAAAUUAUCUUAAAACAAUAUAAAAAUAAUAAAGGAAGAAAAAUCGUUCCGUAUAAUUAUGAUUUUGACGAAAAUUUUAUGAAUUAUUAUGGUUAUAAAGCCAAAAAUUAUUCAGAAUAUUAUGAUCCCGAAAGAAUUGUUCCUAAAUUUGUUUUUGGAUUUUAUAAUGGAACUCCUUACAUUUUAGUAAAACUUGGAUAA